AUGCCGUCAAUUGCAAAGUCUUCUCAGAUAUAUUUAGUUAAUUCUUUAUAUGAACAAAAAUGGUAUAAUGAUAAAUUUAUACAGAUUCUUAAAUUGAUGGAUAUGACAGUCACUAAUUAUCGGUUGCCAAAAUCUCUUACACCAACAAAAUAUAUUAUCUACGUAACUCCAUAUUUUGAGGAGCGUAACUUUACAUUUGAUGGAAAAGUUACAAUUGAAAUCAAUGUUCAAGAACGCACUAACAGGAUAGUAAUUAAUAUGCACAAACUUGGGGUGAUUAAAAUCACUCUAAAUGAUACUAUCAUCCAAUUGUCUAAUACACAAUACAACGAAUUAACGCAGCAGUUAUUUAUUUAUUUAAAAGACGAAAUCGUUGCCAAUACAAUGGUAACAUUAUCAUUUGAAUAUGUUGGACAACUAAGACAUGAUAUGAAAGGCCUUUACAAGAGUAGCUACAUCGAUAAAAAUGGAAACACAAAAUGGAUUGCUGCUACACAAUUUGAGCCGACUUACGCAAGAAGUGCUUUUCCAUGUUUUGACGAACCGUCAUUCAAAGCUAAAUUUGAAAUAAACAUUGCUAAACCAAACGGUUAUCAUACACUAAGUAACAUGGGUUCAAAACCUAUGCAAGAAAAAGACAAAAAAUCUGAUCGAGUCUGGGAUAAAUACGAAGAAACUAAAAUGAUGUCAUCUUACCUCGUAGCAUUCGUUGUAUCCGAUUUCGUAUCAGAAACAGCUGAAAAUUCAAACGUAACAGUAUGGACAAGAGAGGAAUUAAAAGAUUACUGCACAUAUGCAUCUGCUACUGGCCAUUUAGCUUUGAAACUUUUAGAGGAAAAAUUGGGAGUUAAAUAUUCAAUGCCAGAAAUGAAUUUUGUAUCUGUUCCUGAUUUCGAUAGUGGAGCAAUGGAAAACUGGGGCCUCCCGACAUUUAGAGAAUAUGGACUGGCGUACGAUGUUAAUAAAAUAUCUGCAGCUUAUAGAAGAUACGUUAACACUGUUAUAUCUCACGAAUUAGUUCAUAUGUGGUUUGGCAAUUUAGUUACUCUCGAAUGGUGGGACUACACUUGGCUUAACGAAGGAUUUGCUCAAUAUUUAUCUCACAUCAUCAGCAAUGAAAGUGAAAGCACGUGGAAAUUAUUAAAACAAUUCGUAGUCACCGAUUUACAAAUUGCAUUGGAUGCAGAUUCAGUGGAAUCUUCACACCCCAUGAACAACCAUGUGCUCAGGCCAAAGGAUAUAAAAGAGGCAUUUGAUAAUAUUGCAUAUAAAAAAUCCGCGAGUGUACUUAGGAUGUUUAGUAACAGCUUUAGUGAAGAAGUUUUUUUCACAGUGCUGCAAAAAUAUUUGGAAAAAAAUCAAUACCGGAAUACACGUUCAGAACAUCUUAUCGAAGAGUUUCAGAAUUAUUACAAAACUAACAAUAAAUCAAUUACGGGAGAUCCAACAGAGAAUGUGACUACUAUUAUACAGAGCUGGAUCACUCAAGGAGGAUAUCCAGUUGUUAUUGCGAAACGACGGGGGGAUCGUAUUGAAUUUUAUCAGGAGCGCUUUUUAAUAUCAUCAAAUAAUGAUUCUUUAAGAAGGCAAGUGUAUUGGACCCCUAUAACAUAUACAACCGAAACUGAAAACAAUUUUGUUGGAGCGAAACCAAGAUUUUGGCUGGGUAAAGAUAAAAAGAAUGUGACGAUUAAGUCUGAGGAUUCGUGGUUUGUAGUUAAUAUUGAAGAAGUUGGUUACUAUCGCGUUAAUUACGACAAUGAUAAUUGGGAAAAGUUAGUUAAAGUACUAAAUAGCGAUCGGUACACAUUAAUAAGUGAACUCAAUCGAGCUCAAAUAUUAGAUGACACUCUAAAUUUGGCAAGGGCUGGCUACAUCGAAUACGAAAUUGCUCUCAACGCUACAAAGUAUUUAUCACGAGAAACAAAUUACUAUUCCUGGAGAGCAUUUUUCAAUUCUGUGGCUUAUUUAAGCCAAAGGAUUGAAGGUCAACCUAAAAUUAAGAACCUUUUCAUUCAACACAUCUUAAAUUUAAUUUCUAAUGCAUAUAAAACGUUGGGAUUCAAAGAAAAUACAAGUAAAGAUGAUCACUUGGAUCAAUUGACUCGUGAAUUAGUUUUGACUUAUGCCUGUAAAUAUGGAAACGAAGAUUGCAUUAAGCAAUCGAAAGAAUAUUUUAAAAACGAAAGUAUCACGCCAAACAUUGCAGCAGCCGUUUAUUGCACUGCUAUAGAACAUGGCAACACCAAUGACUGGAAAUAUUUGUGGAAAAAAUUUUUGAAUUCCAUCUUGGCAUCAGAUUAUAUCACGAUUCUUAAAAGUCUUGCUUGUUCCAAAGAUCCCACCAUUCUUGAAAGGUUCCUAGAUCAUGCCUUGGAUCAAGAUUCAAAGAUUCGAAGACAAGAUUUUCAGACAGUAGUCUCAUCCAUUUACACGUCUAGUCAAAUUGGUCUGGAAACAGCUUUAAAAUACUUCAAAAAUAACGCUGAAAAACUUCACAACUAUUAUGAAAACUGGAGUGAUGUUGGAGGUUUAUUUACCAGUUUGGCUGCUCACAUCUCAACAAAUAAACAAAUUGAAGAUCUACGAAAAUCAUUACAUGACGAGAAAUUAUCACAUGUUAAAAAAUCUUUGGAAUCAGCUGUCAAGACUGCUCAGAAUAACUUAGAGUGGUUUGAAAAAUACUCUGAUAAAGUAUACACAUGGCUAAAAGAACAAUACAAAAUUAAAGGACCUGGUAAUGAUAUUGCUUUGAUAUAA